GAAGCUCAGCUGAAAACCACAUGCGCAAGAUGGCGGAGAAAGAACAAAACGAAAUAAGUGAGGAAAGUUUGUCUUUAAAUGCUGAAAAACAGAAAGAAUUUGAAGAAAAAUCGAGGAAAAAAAAGAAGAAGGAAGAAGAUGACUUGACUCCUGGUAUUGUGUAUGUUGGUCAUAUUCCUCAUGGUUUUUAUGAGCGUGAAAUGAGAGGGUUUUUUUCACAAUUUGGCACAGUCAACAGACUUAGAUUGUCAAGAAGUAAAAAAACUGGUGGCUCAAAAGGUUAUGCAUUUGUAGAGUUUGCUUGUGAUGAAGUUGCUAAGAUUGUUGCAGAAACAAUGAACAACUACAUGAUGUUUGGUAGACUGCUCAAAUGUAACGUUGUUUCAAAAGAAAAGAUUCAUCCACGUUUAUGGGCUGGAUGUAACAGAAGAUUUCGUUCCAAGUUAAGUGGACCAACUAACACUGACAUACAUAAUAAGCCACGUAGUCUUAAACAAAACGCGAAACGAAUUGGUAAACUGGUUGCAAAAGAAGGAAGGAAGAGAGCUAAGCUUGAAGAAUUGGGGAUAGAUUAUAGUUUUCCUGGAUAUAAAGCCAUGGCUGGUGAAAGAAAACAAAAAUCAAAACAUAUAAAAUUUGAGGAAGCUUAACAGCGAGAAUUUACAGAAACAGCAUAUGACGUUUGACGUAUGACGAUCGAAGAACAUGGAAAACUAUGUCUGUCUUGCAUGUACUCUGUCUAUUAUAAUAUUGUAUUGUUUUAGUGUUUGUGACGUUAUACUAAAGGGCUACUGUAGUUGUAAUAAAAGUAAUGAAAAUUUGAUCGUUUUUUAUGAGACAUGAAUGACAAUGGGGGAGGAAGGGUAUUUUUUCAGUCAUAUGUAGUAUGUAAUUCAAGCGUUAUUAAUUAUAGAUUGGUAAUAAAGCCUGUGGGAUGGAA